AUGCUUCAACGUUCAUCUGAGCGAGUGGAGAUGGUGGUGGAAAUCUACGAGACUGCAGACAAUGUUAGAGGUCACGACUCUGAGACAGAAAAGAACAACUGUGACACAGAGAGACACCUAGAAGAACAACACACAGGAGGAGACACUGCAUGGAGCAGGUGUUGCAGACUGACUGCAGUGUGGUUGGUGCUGCUUCUGUUUGUUUCCUUGCUGACUGCUGUCACAGUUCUGUGGAUCAAAUUCAGCAUUCUGACUAAAGACAGAGACCAGUUACAGUCCAGUUACAAUAACCUGACUAAAGACAGAGACCAGUUACAGUCCAGUUACAAUAACCUGACUAAAGACAGAGACCAGUUACGGGAAGAUAGAGACAGAUACCUGAGAACAUUUUGUAGUUCAUGUAAACAGAAGUGUUUCAGUUUUAGUUCCAGUUUUUAUGUUAUAUCUAAUGAGAUGAAGAACUGGGAGGAGAGCAGAAAAGACUGCAAGGCCAUAGGAGCAGACCUGGUGAUCAUAAACAGCAAAGAGGAACAGGAGUUCAUCGUUAAACAGCUGGACAAACUUGAGACUUGGAUUGGUCUGAGUGACACAGUAAAAGAGGGAGAGUGGAAAUGGGUGGACGAUACACCACUGAACACUGGGUCCUGGGCUGGAGGGGAACCGAAUAAUUCAGGUGACGAGGACUGUGCUGUGAUUUACACUAAUGCUUCACAUUUGACUGCAACCUGGAAUGACCAGAAAUGUUCUGCUAACUUUCCCUGGAUCUGUGAGAAACAUGUUUCUCAAUGA